CUCUGAUCUCUGUUCUCUCCCCAAAACCAUGGCUGAAUCAGUCCUCUUCAGCGUGGCAGAGUCACUCAUAGGGAAGCUUGCUUCCCGUGCUAUGGAAGAAGCUUCUCUGGCUAUGGGUGUGUAUGAUGAUCUACGAGAGAUGAAACAGACUAUCUCGUUCAUCAAAGCCGUCCUGUUAGAUGCAGAGCAAAAGCAACACCAGAACAACCAGUUGCGUCAAUGGCUCACGCAGAUCAAGCACGUGCUCUAUAACGCCGAAGAUAUCGUCGAUGACUUUGAGUGUGAAGCGUUGCGAAAGCAUGUUGUUAAAACUCAGGGCAGCGUGUCCAGGAAGGUACGCCGUUUCUUCUCAGGUUCUAAUCCUAUCAUAUAUCGUCUUAAAAUGGCACAUGAGAUUAAAGAAAUCAAUAAGAGAUUAAACAAGAUUGCAACUGAUAGAAACAAUUAUGGCCUUCAAACCAAUAAUGUUGAUACGCGGGUCGUGCAUAGGAGGGAGUUGACCCAUUCCCACGUAAAUGCUUCUGAUGUGAUAGGAAGGGAACAGGAUAAGAAAAACAUCAUUGAACUUUUGUUGCAAGACGAUGAUGGUGGAAGUCUCUCUGUUAUUCCCAUUGUGGGAAUUGGUGGCUUGGGAAAGACCACGCUUGCAAAGACAGUUUUCAAUGAUAACAGUAUUCAUGAGUCUUUCGAGUUGAAGAUGUGGGUGUGCGUGUCUGACGAUUUUGAACACAAACAAAUGCUUAUUAAGAUCCUCAACUCUGCUCCAAACCUGAAUCAACAGAACUAUAAGGACCUCGAGAUGGAGCAGCUACAAAAUCAUGUGAGAAAUAUGCUUGAUGGUAAAAAGUUCUUUCUUGUCUUGGAUGACGUGUGGAAUGAGGAUCGUGUUAAAUGGGUUGAGUUGAAGGGUUUAAUACAAAUUGGUGCCAAAGGAAGUAAAGUCCUAGUGACUACUCGUAGCCAUUCCAUUGCUGCCAUGAUGGGCACUAAACCCUCGUACUCCUACCCUUUAGAAGGUCUUUCUGAAGUGGAUUCCAUGACUCUGUUCAUUAAAUGGGCUUUUCAAGAAGGAGAAGAGAAAAAGUAUCCAGAAUUGUUGUUGAUUGGAAAAGAAAUUGCCAAAAAAUGCCGAGGGCUUCCGUUGGCAGUGAGAACUCUGGGAUGUUCACUGUUCUCAAAAGUUGAUACAGAAGCGUGGAAGUUAGUUAGAGACAGCGAGAUUUGGAAUUUACCACAAAAUGAUGAUGACAUUUUGCCGGCUCUCAAAUUAAGCUAUGAUCAAUUACCUUCGUAUUUAAAACGAUGUUUUGCUUGCUUCUCCCUUUUUCAAAAGGAUGUUAGAGUUAGUAGUUUUAAUGUUUCUGCGCUUUGGGAGGCACUUGGUUUCCUUCCAUCGUCAAUGCAAAAUAAAACAUUGGAAGACAGUAGCACUCAAAUUUUGCAUGAGCUGCACGCGAGGUCUUUCGUUGAAGAUUUUGUUGACUUUGGUAGUAAUUGCUCAUUCAGAUUACAUGAUUUGGUGCAUGAUCUUGCACUAUAUGUCUCAAAAGAUGAGUUUCAACUCUUGAAAUCAUGCAGUCAGAAUAUAUCUGAAAAUACCCAACAUUUGUCAAUGGCUGAAGACAAUUUGUUUGGCCAAGCUUCCUUUCCUACAGGUCUAAGAACCAUUAUUUUUCCUCUCGGAGCCAACAAUGAAGCUUCCUUGAAUUCAUUGUUGUCGAGGUGCAAAUACUUGCGAUGUCUCAUUCUUCAAAAUAAUACAGAACUUUCAAGACUCCCAGAUUCAGUGUGCAAACUCCAAAAUUUGCAAGUUUUACGACUCGAUGAUUGCAAAAGCCUAGAAGCAUUGCCCAAAGGCAUAGAGAACUUGAUCAACCUUCGCCAGUUGUAUUUAACCUUUAAGCAAUCUAGUUUUCCAGAGAUUGCAAAAUGGACUUCUUUAGAAACUUUAUCCUUGGAUUCUUGCGACAACCUGAAGUCAUUAUUUGAAGGGAUACAACUUCCUCGUCUUAAAUUUUUUGUUAUUAAUUCUUGUGGGAGUCUAGAGUCUUUGCCAUUUCAUGCCAUUCCAAACUUGGAGAGUUUGGCUAUUUUCAGCUGUCAUAAGUUGGAAUUGUCAAAAGAACUUGACGAAAAUAUUCCCAGUUUGAAAUUAAAGUUACUUGUUCUUUGUGAUUUACCGCAACUGGUCACUUUGCCUCACUGGUUGCGAGGAUCUUCAAACACAUUGCAAUCCUUGCUAACUGUCAAAUGUGUCAAUCUUGAGGAACUUCCUGGGUGGUUUUCGACUUUGAUUUGUGUAAAAACACUUACAAUUGGAGAUUGCCCAAAAUUAAUAUCACUGCCUGAUAACAUGCAUCACCUCACAAACCUUGAAUAUUUAUUAAUUGACGAUUGUCCUGAAUUAUGUGAAAGAUGCCAACCGAACGUCGGAGAGGACUGGCACAAAAUAUCACACAUCAAGCAAGUUAUCCUUCGUCGACAAGAAGAGGAAGAGUAA